AUGGCGGGGAGGUGGGACGCGUUUCAGGGUCUUCCUCACGGAUGGGAAGUUCGUUUUGAUGGCAGAACGGGAAGAUAGACACACCAAACAGCAGGCAUCGACAGUGGAAAGCUAGGAGGGCCGCGGGCCUCUGACUCUUCGGCUGGAUUUGGAAUCACUGCUCAACAGAUGGAAAGGAAAACAAGGCUGUUCCGAAGCCGUCACCUGGACCCCCACGGCCCAAGAACUUAAGCGAGAAGCACAAGAAGAAAGUGCGCAACCAACUUAUUUCGGAUUAUCCGGAUAUCACACCAACUGUUGUAACAAUGGCACUUCAGUCGGUCUUUUAUGAGGAGGAGCGAGCCCGUCAGGUCCUUGCAAAUAUGGCUGAGACAGAACGCAAGACUCAAGAGACGCUCGCUAGUACAACUCCUCAAAUGUCAAGGCGUUCGGAGACCAAAGAUGUUAAUCUGAAUGUUAUUGGUUCUCCACCAAUGACAAGACGAGAAGGUAUAAAAGCAUCAAGACCAACCUUGCCACGAACAAGAAUCAACACUGCUUGGACAGCAGCUCAAACAGUGUCAACAGGGACAAGCACUGAUGAAGAUCCAGGUUUUAAAAGUGGUCACCGUUCAAAACCAACUGGGCCAAACACCAGGCUUCAUAAAGGACCAUGUGAAGGCCUGCUCUUGACUGAUUACCAAGCAUGGCAUGGGCCUAAUCCUGAGAAUUUAAAAACCCAGUACAAGACCCUGGCUCAGGGACCUAACCGCAGUCACGCCCGAGGCCCUUCAGGAAGAGCUCGUGGACAGGACCCAGGGCUGCGUAAGGGUCCACAGGGACUGGCAAAAGGUCCCCAGUUCACACAGGGUAUAAAGAAGGAGCCUUCAUUUUCAACAAAAAUGUUGUGAAAAUUCAAGAUUCUGUACUAAUUCAGUAUUACUUUUGACAUGUAUAUGUCUGCUACAUGAAUGAACCAAGAGGUGUUUCAUCAUAUUUUUUGGUAGAAAAAAGCAAAUAUAAUUGAUGAAAGAGUUCAGAAUUAUCAUACCUUUCAUCAGUACUGAGCUUAAAUUUUUCCACUUAUUUUAUAUGACUACUUUAUAUAAUAAGUGAAAAAGUAAGUGACAAAUGCAAGUAUUAUGCAGUUUAUGAAUAAACGAGUGCUAGCACAAAUUUGUAAAGAACUUUUUGUGCUGAUAUUAGUCAUUGUUUUUGUUUAUUGUUUUAACAGUAUCAAAAGCAUUCCUUAAAACCAUGAUAAGAUGUAUGAUGUUCAGUCAUAUGAAAAAGUAACUCCAUUCUAUAUUUACUGUAUAGAAGUGGAUAUUUUGUGUUGCAUAUUACAGCACUACUGUUAUCCCAUUGAAUUUUGUUUUUCACUUUUUAGGAAAAUCUCUUUUAUUCAGACCAACUAUCAUAUUUUGCAAAAGUUGCUCAUAGCAGAGUGAAUAAUUAUCUGCAUCAUCUGUUUCAGUUUUUAACAGUAAUCCAGGUGACCAUGCAAUGCAUAUAAUACAGAUAUCCUGCUAUAUAAUUAAUGAUUUACUAGAAGUUUCAAGACAUUCCUUUUUAUAACAGCAAUCAAUAUGAAAAGAGCAAAAACAAAUAAUGAGUCUAACUGAUUAAAGAUAGAAUUAAUUUAUUUACUGAUUUUUAUCACUGGCAUUAUAAAAAAGAUGUGCAAUUGCCUUUAUACCUGCAAGAACAAAUAUUUGAUAACAGGUAAUAGUGCAGACUAUUUUACCAUACAGACUGUAGCAUGUAUUUUAUUUUACUGUCCUAGAUGACAGUGAUGUACAAACUUUAUAAUGUAGACAAGUAUUUAGAUGAAUUGAGAAAAGCAUGUGUGAUAACCUGAUCAAGGUAGCUUAAUAACAAAGUAAUUACUCUGUGAUCAUGUAGUAAUUACAUACCUACUAGAUGGUAGAGAUCUUACAGAGUAUGGUACAUCCUUGUAAUUUUAUACAGCAAAUAGCUAGACUAAAGUGAGCACUGUUUAAUUUGUAAAAGAUUCACCAAGUACAUUAAAAGAUAAUGAAUUAAUAACAAGUGAAGUCAGCAUUCAUUUCACUUAGACUAUUUUGAAUUAUUUUGAAGUGAAUAGGAUUUCCUGGAUGCAAGCUGUAUUAUUUCCUAGUCAUCAGAAAAUACCCUCUCUAUUUUACCGUUCUGUGAAGUAUUCCAUGGGCAUUUUCUGCUGUUGUUUACUUUUAGCUGUUUAAGUGUAGAAUCUUGUUGAUUAGGGAGAUGUGUGUCAGAUGAGGAGUUUUAUUUCUUAAUUUAGGUUAUUUUUAUUUUAAUAUCAGAAAAAUGUAUAAGAAAAUGCUGCAUAAAAAAUAUUAAGUAAUUACAUCUGAGGUAAUUUUAAAUUUGAUUUUAUCAUUAAUAUGAAUAUUAUUAGCAUAAUCUUCAGUGACUAUUAGGAUAAUGCAAGGAACAAAGAUAGAAAUGUAUAUCCUGUAAUGAUUUUCUUCUUUAUGGCAGUAUUGACCUGCAAACAUACAGUGAGGAGCUUUGACCUCUUUUUGUACUUUGUUGUUUAGAUGACCUCUGUUAACUCUUUUAAUUCUAAGUGUAGACUUUGUAAGCUUAAAAUCUUAGGGAAUCUCAGUAACUGAAAGUAAAAUUACCUUGAUAUUAUCUUUUUUCACUGCAAUGUUGUAGAUAUAAAAAAACACUGCCAUCAUGAUAUACACAACUUUUACAUGGCUUUCCAAGAUUUAGAUCAACACAGUAUACAAUCAAUUAAAAUCUUUUUAUAUAUAUAUUUUUUAUAUAAUUGAGCAUUUUGCAGAAUGGGAAACCUGUUUAGAAUUAAAAGGAAAUAGAAAUUAAUGACAGCUAUUCCUGUCCAUAGUAUUAUAAUUUUGUUUAACACUAGAUCAUUAUCUCUUGUUUUAUCCCAGUGCUGUUACAGAUUACAUGAUCCUACAUGUAAUAUGGAAGAAUUGUACAAGUAUUUUACCUAGUUUGAGUAAGAGUUGAUAUAUCCAUUUAUAGGCUCAACCUUUCCAAGAAAUGGCACGUAGUGUAGAGAAUGUGUAGUAUAAGGACAUCCAAGUAUGAUCCAAGUAUUAUCCUCUGUUGAUAAUUGCAGUAUUCUCCUUUGGCUUCCAUUUCUGAUACAAACUUCUUUAUUUUCUGUGCUAUGGAAUUUGCAGUUUCAAUAGAAUUUCAUUGGUGUUAUUUUGCAUAUACAGUCUUUACAUUUUAUUUUGUUUAAAUUUUGUUUUUCAUUCUACAAUUGCCUCUGCUAUUACUGCAAUAUAAGAUUUCACAAAAUGUGUAAUGAUUGUAGGCAUCAUGAUUAUAGAAGGGCCACUUCAGUUAUUAUACUUGAUAGUAGGAAUGUUG